UUUAAAACGAUCAGAAACGUCAUUCUUCUUGUUGUCAGAGUUUAAAACGAUCAGAAACGUCAUUCUUCUUGUUGUCCAAUGUCCAUGCUACAUUCCAAAAUAUGCUCCCCACCUCUUGCUGAAUUCUCUGUUUAUUUUCACCUCGCUUCAUAUGAGUUGGGACGGCGUAGAAUCACAAUAGACUAGCUAUAGCUGCCGCAUCAGUUUCUUAUUGACGAGGAUCACAGCGGUCCAGUGCAAGAGGCGAGAUGGUUGAUAUGGGAUCAACAGCAUGCGAGGGGAUGUAUUCUAAACUUAUCUACAACGAUAGUCAAUUUUUGGAAGAUGCAGAGCUGUGCGGUCCUGAAGUGCACACUGUGUCUGUUCCCUCACUGAGAGCGGGCUCCAGACAGAGGGGCCCCGGGCCGUACAGGUUAGCCACGGGCUGCCUGGCCACACUCUGUGCUGUCCUGCUGAUUUCCAUCAUCGCUAUGAGCACCAACUUCCCCUGCUUCUUCCUCUCAGAUAAGAACCUUUAUCAGGGCUUGCGCAAUGAGCAUCAGGCUCCUCUGUCUCAGAAUGAGUCUGGUGGUCAGAUCCAGAUGCAGAGGCAGCCCACCAACGUGACCACCCUGAUUGAAGCCCUGAGCAAACUGCAGAUGGAGAAAGAAGACCUUAUGAAGGAGAGAGAUGAGCUUCUGGCCAGGUUGGCCAAAUCAGAACUAGAGCCCACAUCACCCCCAUUACCCCCAUCUCCACUGUCACCUACGUCAACCCCAUUGCCCCCUUCAACCCCGCUAACCUGUCCUCGGGACUGGCUGGUGUUCAACAGCAGCUGCUACUACAUCUCCACCAGGAGUAUGAGCUGGCCAGACAGCCAGGCCUGGUGCAAGGAGAAAGGAGGCCACCUGGCCAUCAUACACACUGCUGAGGAACAGACGUUUCUGUGGAACCAGUUACCUCGGGGCCACUGGAAUGCCUACUGGUUUGGAAUCAGUGAUGAGACGGCUGAGGCAGACUGGCUUUGGGUCGAUGGAACCAAAUUGGUCGGGGGCUUUUGGGAGGAGGGCGAGCCCAACAACCACAUUGACGAAGACUGUGGCUACAUCGUGAAGACGCGCAAGCUGGAGCGCAAGGCGGUGAGCAGCUGGUACGACGCCCCAUGCACCAUGUACUGGCCCUUCAUCUGUGAGAUAGAGAUGUAAUCCUCUGCUCCUGCUACUUAGAGAUAAGCACUUACCAGACUCAUGUUGGAUUCAGAAUUACUUCCUGUCAAUGUUCAUAAUGGUAGACUAGUGAUGACCAACCCUUCACCUGCAGAGCUACUGGGUAUGCAGGUUUUUGCUCCAACCCUGCUCUAACACAUCUGUUUCAGCUAAUCAAGAUUUGGAUGAGCAGCUGAUUAGUAGAAUCAGGUGUAUUAGAGCAGGGCAAGAGCAAAAACUUGCAAGAUCUGUAGCUCUUGAGGAGGAUGGUUGGCCACCCCUGUGGUAGACUUUAGUAUACUUUUGCAGCAUUAUCAGGUCUGAAGGCGAAUGCUUUACUUUACUAGUAUCUACUGUAAUUUGCUUUUUAAAUUCAAAAUGUACUCAAUGAGGAUCUUAUAUAGUUACUGUUGUGUCGUGGUCACCAUUGUUCAAAAUACUUCUAAAGCACUAUCUGUCAAUCAACGGUCAUGUGAUUUAGAUUUAUAGAAGAAGAAAAAGAUGUAUAAAAAAAAAAGAUGUAAACUCCAUCCCACCCGAACAGGCUGAAAUUCCAGUA